CUGAGCCCACAGGCUGAAGCUGAUAUGACUCCAGAAAAGGAAAGCAAUGGCCUUGACAGCUACUCAUUUUCACUUGAAAGCCACUUCUGUGAUCUGCCCCAGAAGAAAGAUGGAGACGGACUGGACAUGUCAGCGGAGGAGGACAAGAACAAGUUAGCGUACUGUGUAACAGAUGUACCUCCCUGGUACCUGUGCAUCAUCCUGGGCAUUCAGCAUUGUUUGACAGCAUUUGGGGGGAUCAUUGCCAUUCCCCUAAUCCUGUCCCAGGGCCUGUGUCUGCAGCAUGACGGCCCCACGCAGAGUCACCUCAUCAGCACCAUCUUCUUUGUCUCCGGCCUCUGCACCCUGCUGCAAGUCACCUUUGGUAUCAGAUUGCCAAUCCUCCAAGGCGGUACAUUCACACUGCUAGCCCCCUCCAUGGCACUGCUGUCCAUGCCAGAGUGGACGUGUCCAGCCUGGACCCAAAACGCCAGCCUGGUCAACACCAGCUCCCCGGCCUUCGUGGAGGUGUGGCAGAGCCGAAUGAGAGCACUGCAGGGGUCCAUCAUGGUGGGCUCUCUCUUCCAAGUCCUUGUGGGUUUCUCGGGCCUCAUAGGCCUCUUCAUGCGCUUCAUUGGACCUCUCACCAUCGCACCCACCAUCUCUCUCAUCGGACUGUCUCUGUUUGACUCCGCUGGCACCAGCGCUGGCAAUCACUGGGGUAUCUCUGCCAUGACGACAGUGCUGAUCAUCCUGUUCUCCCAGUACCUCCGCCACAUUGCGGUGCCGUUCCCCACAUACAACAAAGACAAAAAACUGCACACCUCCCGGAUCUACAUCUUCCAGAUUCUCCCUGUUCUGCUUGGUAUCACUUUGUCAUGGCUCAUCUGCUAUAUACUGACAAAGUACAAUGUCCUUCCCUCUGACCCAGACCAGUAUGGCUACCUGGCCCGCACUGAUCUAAAGGGGGACGUCGUUGGCCAAUCUCCCUGGUUCAGGUUCCCUUACCCAGGUCAGUGGGGACUGCCAACCGUGAGCCUGGCGGGAGUGGUCGGCAUUUUGGCCGGUGUGAUUUCCUCCAUGAUAGAGUCUGUGGGAGAUUACCAUGCUUGCGCGAGGUUAUCUGGGGCUCCUCCUCCUCCAAAACAUGCCAUCAACAGGGGUAUUGGCAUUGAGGGGCUGGGCUGUCUGCUGGCUGGGGCCUGGGGCACCGGAAACGGCACCACAUCGUACAGCGAAAAUGUGGGAGCGCUUGGUAUCACAAAGGUCGGCAGUCGCAUGGUUAUAGUAGCCAGCGGCGUCUUGCUGAUGGUCAUGGGUGUGUUUGGUAAAGUAGGUGCUAUCUUUACCACCAUCCCAACACCCGUGGUCGGAGGGAUGCUGAUGGUCAUGUUUGGGGUCAUUUCUGCAGCUGGAGUUUCAAAUCUGCAGUAUGCGGACAUGAAUUCAUCUCGAAACAUCUUCAUCUUUGGCUUCUCAAUGUUCUCCGGUCUGGUUUUCCCAAACUGGAUAUUCAAGAAUCCCAAAGCCAUAGCGACAGGUGUGGUGGAGCUCGACCAGGUGCUGCAGGUACUUCUGACCACCAGCAUGUUUGUAGGCGGUUUCUUUGGCUUCAUACUGGACAACACCAUUCCAGGGUCCAAACAUGAGCGAGGCAUCCUGGCCUGGAACAAGGCUCACCAGAACGACUCCAGCAACACGCUGGAGAGCGGACAAGUCUACAACCUCCCCUUCCGUAUGAGCUCCUUGUUAUCCUCCUCCUCCUGGGUCCGCUACAUCCCUUUCUGCCCCCCCGGCAAGCCUCGCUCCCAGAACGGAUGUGACCAUGUUUCCCAUGUGAAAACCUGCCAGGAGUCCUCACUGCAGCCGCCCGCGAAUCCAGAGACCUUCACAGAUUAUUGUUAGCGUGGCUCUAUGAGUUGUGUGCUCGAUCCAACGUACCACUUUUUGGGAUUCCCCCGAAACCGUGCCAUCAGAGGCAGCUCGACAUGGACCUCCUGUCCUUUGCUAAAGAUACUGUACUGUAACAACAUGGUGCACAGUAUUUACAUGGCCUUUUGUGAUUUUUUUUUUUUUUAAAUUUGCAAAUUACAUCUUGCAUAGGAUUGGCUGGUGGGUGGACUUCUAUUAGGGAGCUUUGCAGGAUAUGUUGAAAUAUGAAUUGAGGUUGUGUAUUUUUUUUUUUUUUUUUUGUGAAAACUUAAAUUUAUAAUCCUGAAAGCUGUUUUGUUUUUUGUUUUUUACUGUAAUUUCUAUUCACAGAAAAUAACACUGUUGAGCGUAAUAUCCUGAACAGAUUUUGGAGGUUAAAAGCUUGAGUAUUUUUUAUUGUGUCUGAUCAGCCGUAGCAUGCUCUCGCUCCCCAAGAAGUGUUGAAAAGGUGUGAAUGGAAAUAAAUGCAAGAUGUCAAUAACUGUAUCCACACAUACACAUAGUAUCAUAUGGUUUUAAUAUACUGUUCCAAUGGAAGUGCCUAACACUUGAACCAACUUUUACUGUGACAGUCCGUUGAAUAAUUGCUUCAUUAUCAGUCCAUGCACAAUUUGUGGCGACAGUCCCUCACAUUCCUGCUUCAAAACAGGCAUUUUUUUCCCCCUCUCAGGUUCCUCUUAGCAUACCAACAUACCAGCAGAGGCAGCGUUUUAUUUUUUGUACACACCAGGUUGUGCCUGUAGAGAGGAGAAUGGAUGCUCACACUUUUUCGGACUUUCCAAAUGUUGAAUGUGAAUACUUAACUUCCUAUUACUUGUCCAAUAUAAAAGCUGAACUUUG